AUGAGUGGAUGUCCGUACUUUGAGAAGAGGCAUUUGUUAUUCAAAAACAAGCCUCCUCAAAAAGAAGAAGACGAGGAUGCCUCUCAAGAAGGGGUUAACAAGGCCAGUAAAGGGGGUAUAAUCUAUGGAGACUACCUUCAGCUUGACAAAGUAGUUACAGCCCAGGUAUUGCAGAGUGAACUGAAGGGUAAUAAGAUCCAUGACGAGCACCUCUUCAUUGUCACCCAUCAAGCCUAUGAACUAUGGUUCAAACAGAUUCUGUGGGAACUUGAUUCAGUGCGGCAGAUCUUCAUCAGUGGACAUGUCCGGGAUGAACGUAACAUGCUCAAAGUCAACACUCGCAUUCACAGGAUUGUAAUGAUCUUCAGACUGCUGGUUGAUCAGUUUGCAGUUCUGGAGACAAUGACAGCUUUGGACUUCUUUGACUUCAGGGAAUAUCUGUCUCCAGCGUCUGGCUUCCAAAGCCUUCAGUUCCGGCUCCUAGAGAACAAGAUAGGGGUCCCAGACAACCUGAGAGUCCCAUACAACAGACGCCACUACAGGGACAAUUUCAAAGGCCAUGAGAGUGAGCUGCUGAUCGCCACUGAACAGGAGCCCACCCUCCUAAAACUAGUUGAGGAGUGGCUGGAGAGAACUCCUGGCUUGGAGGAGGAUGGCUUCAAUUUCUGGGAGCAGCUGGAAAUCAACAUUUUCGCCGGGCUGAAUAAAGAGAAGGAGAAAAUUGAGAAAAUGCAAAAUUCUGAGGAAAAGGAUGAGCUGAUGGAUGAGCUGCUAAAACAGAGGGAGCUCUUCACCUCCCUGUUUGAUGAAAAACGUCAUGACCACCUCCUAAGCAAAGGUGAGAGACGGCUCUCUUACAAGGCUCUCCAAGGUGCUCUGAUGAUCUAUUUCUACAGGGAGGAGCCAAGGUUCCAGGUUCCCUUCCAGCUGCUCACCUUCCUCAUGGAUAUCGACACCCUCAUGACCAAAUGGAGAUACAAUCACGUAUGCAUGGUGCAUCGUAUGAUUGGCAGCAAAGCCGGCACCGGGGGAUCGUCUGGGUACCAAUACCUGAGAUCUACUGUCAGUGACCGCUACAAAGUGUUUGUAGAUCUGUUCAACCUGGCCACGUUCCUGGUGCCUCGCCACUGGGUGCCCAAGCUGAAUCCCAAUGUUCAUACCUUCCUGUACACGGCCGAGUGCUGCGACAGCUCCUACUGCAGCAGCGAGGACUCAGACUAG